GAGGCCCGAAGCUGCGUGAGAGAGGGAGGUGGCCAGGCCAGGCCAUGGCGGUCUUCGACACCCCGCAGGAAGCCUUUGGGGCCUUGCGGCCGGUGUGCGUGCAGCUGACCAAAGCCCAGACGGCGGAGAACGCGGAGCGCCUCCGUUUGCAGCUGCGAUCCGUGAGCGACUUCGCCCUGCAGGAGCUACAGGAGUACAUCCUCUUCCCUCUGAGGUUCGCCCUCAAAACGCCGGGGCCCAAACGGGAGAGCCUGGUCCGGAAGGUGGUGGAAUGCAUGGCCUUCGUCCUCUCCGCCACGCGUGUGAGGAAGGCGGACUUGCUGCAGGAGCUGUUCUCCGAGCUCUGCCUCUGCUUCGGGGCUCCGACCACCCCCAUCCAGCUGGCCCCGCUCUCCGAGGAACUGAAGCAGGACGUGAUCCGGGCGCUGCAGGCUUUGCUCCAUUCGGCCGACCGGGACGUUCUCUUGACCCUCUACCAGCCCUCCGGCCUUCCCCACUUGGGCUUUGCGGUGACCCUGCUGCUGGCUGUAGCAGAAUGGGAGAGAGCCAAGGCCGUCCAGAUCUCCGCCUUGCGUUGCUUGCAGGCUCUCCUGCUGCAGUGUGACUGCCCGGAGCGUCACGAGACUAUGGACCGCGAGGAGGAGAGACGUACCGGGGACCUCCUUGCUUCUUUCCUCCCUGGCAUCUCCAUCGCCCUGUCCCGGGUUAUCACGGGAGAUGUGAAGCAAGGGCACGCGGUCGUCGUCUCGGCCACCAGGGUCUUCUCUCGAGCUCUGGGCGCGGUGAUGGCGGACGAGCAGCUGGCCCAGAUCCCGGUGAAGAGAGAGAAGCCGGCCUCGGGUCAGGGCUGCCGAAUAGAGGAGCUCCUGGUGCACAGAGACCCCGACUGGGCGGCCGGCACCGCAGCCAAACUCUCCCUCCUGAUCCGGAAGGUGGUGAGCGGGGUGUCCGCGCACCCCCACUGGAAGGCCAGGAAGGAGCUGGCGGACAUGGCCUCUCUCCUUCUGAGCAAGUGCAUCCGCUCCUUGGCGGGGUCAGCGGGCCAGCUGGUGAGAGCCUUGGUCGGCCUCGUGAACGACGAGAGCCCCGAGGUCCGGAGCCGGAGCAACGAGGCGCUCGGGCGCCUGGCGGCCCGAGGGGUGGGGUCCAAGGACAGGCGCUUGGCGGACGUCCUUUCGGAGGAGCUCCACUCGCUCGCCGCGGCCCUGCCUCGCCUCAUGAGCUCCCACGACGACCGGAGCAAGCUGUCAACCUUGAACUUGCUCGAGGGGUACCUGAAGCUCUUGGGCCCCGAGGUGAACGUCGUCCUCCGCUCCGCGUCCCAUCUCCAGCGCCUCUCCAAAGCACUAAUGCAAGUCCUGGAGCUGGAUGUGAGGGACGUCAAGAUCGUGGAGGAAAGGCGCUGGCGGGGCCCGGAAGGCUCCCGGGAGCCGCCCGGGAGUUGGACCGAGCGCCUCCGUCAGGGCAGCAGCCCCCGGAAGUGCUUCCGCUUCUUCGCGGAGGACCGGGUGUUCUUCCUGCUGCGGCAGGUGGUCCGAAUCCUUGGCUAUUACGGGGACCUCUAUCUGCUCGUGGACCACUUCAUGGCGCUCUACCGGGAGUCGGCCGCGUACCGGAAGCAGGCGGCCAUGGUGGUCAACGAGCUGCUGGUCGGAGCAGCGGGCUUGAACGUGGACGUCCUCCGCGAGCGGGAAACGGCACCGAGCAAAGAGGAACUCAAGGAGGUGGUGGCUUCCGUGUUGGAGGAAUACGUGGACCCAGCCAACUGGCAUUUGGCCACCGGUCUCGAAGGGGAGGGACCCGAAGGGGAGGAACCCGCCACGCAACAUUCCGGGCUCCUCGCUGUCCCAUCUGCAGAGUGCGGCCAGCUUCCUUCUGCUUUGACUCCCAGACCCCUGGUCCGUUCCCUGAGCAGCAAUGUCUGGCAGGUUUGUAUCCAGCUGGAAGGAGUCGGCCUCUCCGCUUUGGCGCUCGAGAAGGACUUCCGCGAGCUCUUGAUCUCCGUCCUGUACCCUGUCCUGGAAAAGGCUGGGGACGGCACCCUGCUGGUCAGCCAGGUGGCCGUGGGGACUGUGGAGGACAUCUGCCAGGCCUGCGGGUAUGGCUCCGUCCCGGAGCUCAUCUGCCAGAAUGCCGACUACCUGGUGGACGGGAUUUCCUUGCAUCUGCGUCGUCUGGCUCAGGAACCCCAUGCCACGCAGGUCUUGGAAGCCAUGCUCCGACACUCGGACGCCAACGUGCUGCCUUUGGUGGGCGACGUGAUUCAAGACGUCCUGAGCGCACUCGAUCGGGGCCACGGGGGCCGCACGCCUCUGUUCCUUGGGGUCAUGCACACCCUCAUGGCGAUGCUAGCUUCCUGGUUUGUUUCCGGGCCCCAAACGGAGGGGACAUUGCAGCCAGAAGGUGACCCUUCGCUGGGAGAUGCUGGCUCUCAGAAGAGGCCUGCAGCCGGGCUCACCGUAGAGGGAAUGGAGGCCUUCUUCCAGGAGUAUGUCCACCGGAAGCGGAUAGCGGAAGGCGACUUACUAGAUGAGGAGGAUGAAGAGGGAGAAGAGCUCCUGCGUACUUCAGAGCCUGAGCCAAUUGAACAAAGUCCAGAGGUGGAGGCUCCGUUGCCUGCCCAUGCCCAGAUCGCCAAAGAAGUGAUGGAGCGCUGUGUCCACCUGCUCUCGGACAAGAGCCUUCGCGUGCGCCUGAAGGUUCUGGAUGUCUUGGAACUUUGUGUGACGGUCCUGCAUCCCCACCAGAACCACUUCCUCCCAUUGGCUCAUCGGACGUGGCCUGCCCUCGUGACCCGCCUGACCAACGACGACCCCUUGGCUGUGCUCCGAGCUUUCAAGGUGCUGUGCACGUUAGGAGCCCGGAGUGGGGACUUCCUGAGGCGUCGAUAUUCCAAGGACGUCCUGCCCAAGCUUGUGGGCUCCCUUGCCACCCAGGCGCCGGUCAGUGCCCGCGCUGGGCCCAUCUACAGCCACGCCCUGGCCUUCAAGCUGCAGUUGGCCGUACUCCAGGGCCUCGGCUCUCUCUGCCAAGCGCUGGACCUCGACGAGAGCGACCUCCAUCAGGUGGCAGAGGCCUGCCUGCCCUACCUCAGUGCAAAGCAGCCUGGGAAGUUGCAAGCAGCUGCCCACAGUGUGUUCCUCCACUUGAUGCAGAUGGACCCCGACGCCGUGUGGCUGUUCCUCAGUGAGGUCUGGUGCCCCCCGGCCUACGAGCCCCCCCACCCGAGCCUGCACGCGGUGAGGCUGAGCGGGAUGGGGAAGAAGCGGGACGAGUUCACGGACAACGUGCGGCGCCUGCUGGAGGAGCUGCAGUGA